AUGGUAUACAAUUCGCUGACCGAGGCUCCUCGCAACCUCAAGGAGGGUAUGGACUGGUUGCUUGCCUUGAAGGGAACCGAUGCCGAAGCCAACUUGAAGGCUAUGGGCGCCGCGCUUUACGAUUUGCUCGCAGACACGCCUGUUGGCUUCAAGGAGGUGCCAGCUCUCGAAAAGGUAAAGCCUAUUUCUAAGAAGUUCCUGGAAAAAGGAGAGCUUAAGGACUACUCACACGUGAAAGACCUUCUGAAACGAUACGAGCAACCUAUGAACAAAACUGAUUGGCUGUGGUAUAAGCGUCACACCUCUUACCACCCAAGCGAUUAUAUAAACAUCAUAGGCUUCUUCCGUCUCAAUCCUGAGAAAAUCGCAAAGAAAUUAGGUGAUGUUGUGAGUGGUUGUGAGAAGUUCUUGGAAGAUGUCAAAAUCCCUGACCAGUACAAGUCUGCUUACAGCUCGAAAGCGACGUGGGAGGCAUCAUGUUCGAAAAAGCCGGAAGCUUGCGCAGCGGUCCUAGCGGGAAUUGCGCCUAUGUUAUACGCAGGGCUACAGUCGUUAUUGGAUGCGGACAAAUCUGCAGAGAAGAAGGGUCCAGGUUCUAAGGCGGCGACUCAUUUGGGAGAGAUAAUGAAAGCCAUAGGUUAUGUCAAGCCUGAAUGCAGAGAGGACUUAACUGCUCCAGAUGUCCACAAGGCGUUGAGAGGUGUGGAUAAGCAUGUUGUGUACACACUCUACGACAUCUCUGGCAUGUGGGCCUUCUAUUGA